AUCAGUGCUAGAGGUUAUGUUUACGAUGUACUUGUAAAAUUGCCAGGGUGUUAUAUUUAACGAUUUCAAUUCAUUGCACCGAUACUUCCUGCAAUUGCAUCCGAUAAUCAACUUAAGUGCAGUUCUCACCUGGUUACUGCCUUGAGUGCUCUCUACGCAUUCUUAUCAGUUUUAAUUUACUUUAUCGGAUAGAUAAUUAUGUCGAGUACGCGUUUACUAUCACCAUUAAUUAAUCGAAACUCUAAUAAUGGGUACAAUAGUUUGCGCCGCUUGGGUCUGUGCUUCGGUCUGGAGAAACAGCGUAUCGAGAAUUUCCGUUUUUUAUGCAGUUCAGCCAGUGCCAUGACAGAGGCGUCCACGAAAGCCGAAGCCCUGAGCUUCGAGACACUAAACCCGAAUAUAAAAGUUAUGGAAUAUGCGGUCCGAGGGCCCCUCGUUAUUCGCGCUGGUGAAAUAGAAAAAGAAUUGGAAAAGGGUGUAAAGAAGCCUUUCAAAGAAGUAAUAAGAGCGAAUAUAGGCGACUGUCAUGCUAUGGGACAGAAGCCCAUUACAUUUAUAAGACAAAUGCUUGCUCUAGUGGCUUAUCCCGAAUUAUUACACGAUUCCCGAUUUCCCGAAGAUGUGAAACAGCGUGUGCGAACUGUUUUAGAAGGAUGCAAAGGUGGCUCUGUCGGUUCUUACACGGAUUCGCCUGGAAUUGAAGUAAUCAGGAGGCACGUCGCCGAAUAUAUCCAAAGGAGAGAUGGACAUCCCAGUAACUGGGAAGAUAUUGUCUUAGGAUCGGGAGCCAGUGACGCAAUAAAAAAUGUUAUAAAACUGCUAAUAUGUCAUAUCGACUGCAAAGAACCCGGUGUUAUGAUACCGAUACCCCAGUAUCCCCUCUAUUCGGCGACACUGGCCGAAUUUGGGAUUCGUCAAAUUGGUUACUAUUUAGACGAAUCGAAAAAUUGGGGCUUGGAUAUUAAUGAACUUCAAAGAGCAGUAGACGAUGCGAGAAAGAAGUGUCACCCACGAGCCAUUGUAGUUAUUAAUCCUGGCAAUCCUACAGGACAAGUCCUUACCAGACAAAACAUUGAAGAUAUCAUUAAAUUUGCGUACAAUGAACAGUUGUUUAUGUUAGCUGACGAAGUCUAUCAGCACAAUGUAUACGCAAAAGGGUCUGCAUUCUUUUCAUUUAAAAAGGUAAUGAUGGAAAUGGGUGAGCCGUAUAAUAAAAUGGAACUAGCUAGUUUCAUGUCUUCUUCAAAAGGAUAUAUGGGAGAGUGCGGUUUGAGAGGAGGGUAUGUCGAGGUCGUGAAUAUGAACCCUAUGGUAAAAGCGAUGUAUUUAAAAGCAAUAAGUGCAAUGUUGUGCCCUACCGUCCUAGGUCAAAUUGUCAUGGAUGCUGUUGUAAAUCCACCUCGAGAAGACGAACCCAGUUACGAACUGUAUAUGAAAGAAAAAAGUGCUGUAUUGGACUCUCUAAAGCUAAGGGCGGAAAUGGUUGUCAAAACGUUUAACACUUUCGAAGGAUAUUCUUGUAAUCCUGUUCAAGGAGCGAUGUACGCGUUUCCUCAAGUUAAAUUGCCGCCCGGAGCAAUCAGAGCUGCGGCAAAAGCCGAUCAGUCACCUGAUGUAUUCUAUGCGUUCGAACUGUUGGAAAACACGGGGAUAUGCAUAGUACCAGGAUCUGGAUUCGGUCAAAGAGAAGGUACAUUCCAUUUUAGGACGACGAUUUUGCCCCAACCGGAAAAACUUAAAGAAAUGUUAGAAAAAUUCCAGGCAUUCCACCAGAAGUUUAUUAAUAAAUAUAAAAAUUGAUAGCAAAUUUAAUACAUAAGUAUUGACUUAUUUGAAUUAUUACACUCCUACAUCUGUGAUUCAAAUCGGUAGUAAGCUGUUAUGUAUAUUUUUUGUAUUAACAAUAAUUUUAAUAGUAAAUUUUAUGUAAAUAGCAAUACUUUUAGACACCAAAUUUUAAUUAUAUUAUCAAAACUUUUAUUUUCUUUUUAUGUACCGAUGUACCUGUAUGCAAUGUUUUGAAGUAAACAUUCGAAAAAUA